AUGGCUCGGGCGUCAAUAUCAGGAGAUAAGAGCACUGAUGAUCAUAUUGAGAGAGAGCAGUGCAGCCGUGUACACUUGGAUGCUAUUACAUCUGACGACGCUGGCAGUACAGUAUAUGCUUUCAGAGGGCACCACUUCCUCAGCAUAACUGGUGAUAAGUUUCAUUCAGACACAAUUGAGAGUGCUUUUAAAGAGCUACACAGUGAGGUGGAUGCAGUCUUCUCUUAUGAAGGUCAUCUCUACAUGAUCAAAGACAAACAAGUGUUUGUGCACAAAGUUGGAGAGCCACACACACACCUAGAGGGUUACCCCAAAUCCCUGAAGGAGGUGCUGGGAAUUGAGGGUCCUGUACAUGCUGCCUUUUGUAUGUGCGCAGACAAACACGUUGCUCAUGUCAUCAAAGGUCAAACAAUCUAUGAUGUUGACUUGAAAGUCACCCCAUGUAAGCCUAUGAAGGAAGGAAGCAUAACACAAUUUAAAAGGAUUGAUGCUGCAAUGUGCGGACCCAAGGGUUUGACGGUUGUUAUCGGUAACCAUUACUACAUUUAUGAUAGUCAUUGUAUUGCGGAUAGGGAGUCCCAGGGUGGAACGGCCCAUUUGCCAGGUAGACUAUUGAAUGGCGAUGCAGAUGUGAUCUGGAGGAUUGUGCAGAUGUUCAUGAGAACCAAAUGGUGUGCCUCACACAUGACCACAAACAACCCUUUCUACAACAUUCGGCCCAUCUUCAGUGCACUGAAAGAGUGCAGACACAUCUACCUGAAACUGGCCUAG